AGGGCGUGCUCUCUUCACCAGGUGUCCCCUGCACUUACAAGAAGGAGCCUGUCCGCAUAUCUAACGGAAACAGAGUAUGGACACUGAUGUUCUCGCACAGUGUUCCCAGCAAGACACCACUGGUCCUCCUCCAUGGCUUCGGAGGGGGGCUUGGACUCUGGGCCCUGAAUUUUGAGGAUCUGAGCACCGAUAGGCCUGUCUAUGCCUUUGACCUGUUGGGCUUUGGAAGAAGCAGUAGACCUAGGUUUGACAGUGAUGCAGAAGAAGUGGAGAAUCAGUUUGUGGAGUCCAUCGAAGAGUGGAGAUGUGCCCUUGGCUUGGACAAAAUGAUCUUGCUUGGACACAACUUGGGAGGGUUCUUGGCUGCUGCUUACGCACUGAAGUACCCAUCCAGGGUCAGUCACCUCAUUUUAGUAGAACCGUGGGGUUUUCCUGAGCGACCAGAUCUUGCUGAUCAAGACAGGCCCAUUCCAGUUUGGAUCAGGGUCCUGGGAGCAGCACUGACUCCCUUUAACCCCUUGGCCGGCCUCAGGAUCGCAGGGCCUUUUGGGUUAAGUCUAGUGCAGCGUUUAAGGCCUGAUUUCAAACGGAAGUAUUCUUCUAUGUUUGAGGAUGACACUGUGACAGAGUACAUCUACCACUGUAACGUACAGACCCCAAGUGGUGAGACAGCUUUCAAAAACAUGACGAUCCCUUAUGGGUGGGCAAAACGGCCGAUGCUUCAGCGGAUAGGGGGCUUGCACCCUGACAUUCCAGUCUCAGUGAUCUUCGGCGCCCGGUCCUGCAUAGAUGGCAACUCUGGCACCAGCAUCCAGUCACUGCGGCCGAAGUCGUACGUGAAGACAAUCGCCAUCCUCGGGGCAGGGCACUAUGUGUACGCAGAUCAGCCAGAAGAGUUCAACCAGAAAGUCAAGGAGAUCUGCCGCACAGUAGACUGAGCACAGCAGAGUGU